UAGAGAAAGAUCUCUGUGGCUUAAAUACAGAUAAAUAAUUUUACGCGUUAUAAACUGACAGCAAUUUUUAAAUAAUAAUUAGAAAGUAACACCGCGUUCACAGAUCAAACGUUAAGCUUCUUUGCCACUAAAUUAAAUAUAAUUUAAAAAACAAUCAGUUGUUUUUUUAAUAAAAAAGUGUUAUCAGAAAUGUACUGAUAAAAAAUUAAUUAUAAAUUGCCGCUCGAUCUUAUAUUUCAUGUGAAAAUGGAGCAGGUUGAUGUAGACGACGUUCUAAUAAAGGAAAUUAAUGACAGUGUAUUAGAAAUAGAGAACAGUAAAAAGGACAGUGCAACCGAUAAUAUGGACGUUGGAAGGAUAUUGGGAAUGAUGCCCAUUUUUAUAUUACUGUUAAUAAUGUUCGUCAGAGUUGUUUUUGUCAUAUACAAAAGUAGUGGACAAAAGACGCGCACCACGCAGCAGAGGCGAACGUUCAUUGCACCUCGGCAGCGGCCGUCGGUGUCGCACGCAGAGCCUACUAUAUACGUCAGCCCAGCCAAUUUGCCCCCACCGCCCAAAUAUGAGGCGAUGGCACCACCCAGCUACGAAGAAGUGGUUGGCAUCCACUAUCCAAACUACCAGCCCCCGGUCCAACCGAUCACGCAGCCGAUUACCACUGCGUUAGCUCAGAGCUCGAAUUCGGCAGAUAACGUUACACAUAUCGAGAGCCAAACCAACGCUAGUAUCGUUCCCAGUAACGUUAUACCAUCUACCGUUAUGACUAUUACAAAUGAAAGAACAGUUGUCACAUCUUCUUCAUGAUUAAACCGAGUGUAUUAGAUUUCAAAAUAUUAAUCGACCAGUACUGCUGGUUUGGCAAUGCAUUUAUGAAGUUUGUAGGGUAAAUAAAGGCUAUGGUUAGUACUGAUAUGUGAUUUGUACGCUAGAUUGGAGCUGUUUUUCAGUACUCUGACUACUAUUAAGUUUAAAGUUGACAUAAUCAAAUUUUCCUUUUUUCAUAGACCUUUUAAAUUCCGGUAGGAGAGAACUGUAGCAAUUAAGUUUGUCAAAACUUAUUUUUUUAAAUAAGGAAAGUUAGGUUCAUGGCAUAAAAGAUAGUAGUGAUAAUAGAAACAACUAACCGAUUAGAAUCGUACAAAUGUCAUACGGAGUACCAACGGCAUAAAAAGACGGAAGUUUAACGUUUUUAUGGCGAGUAGUAACGUGUAUAGUGCGCAUAAGACUGGUAGAUCACAGGUACGCAGUCAAAUUGAAUUCGUAAACAUUUAUAUGUCUACUAUAUUACAUUUAGAUACACGCUUUAAAUAAUUUGCGCCUUUAA